AUGUCUAACCUGGUCGGCAAGCCUUUCCCCGAGGGCAUCAGCUUCACAUAUGUUGCCCCGUCUCCAGAGACGUCCGAGGUGACUGCCUGCGGAAUGCCCAUCAAGUUUGACGCCAGCAAGGAGUUCAAGGACAAGAAGGUUGUCCUCGUCUCCGUGCCCGGCGCUUUCACGCCAACCUGCCAGGCUAACCACCUGUCUGGCUACAUCCAAAAGUUUGACGAGCUCAAGAAGGGCGGCGCCGAUCUCAUCAUCUUUAUUGCCUACAACGACCCCUUUGUCAUGUCUGCUUGGGGCAAGGCCAAUGGCAUUGUCGACGACAAGAUUCUCUUCAUGUCAGACGACAACACUGCAUUCAGCUCCAGCAUCGGCUGGACCAUUCCGGGCACGCCGCGGACCGACCGCUAUGCCCUCGUUGUCGACAAGGGCACCGUGACCUAUGCUGAGAAGGAGCCGGUCAAGGGCGUCGACGUCUCUGGUGUUGAUGCCAUCCUGGCAAAGCUCUAG